AAGGGCUUCUCGCCGAACGCCGCCAACAUGGUGUUCAGGCGCUUCGUGGAGGUUGGCCGGGUGGCUUACGUCUCCUUUGGGCCUCACGCCGGGAAGCUGGUUGUGAUUGUAGAUGUUAUCGAUCAGAACAGGGCUCUGGUUGAUGGACCUUGCACUCAAGUAAGGAGACAGGCCAUGCCUUUCAAAUGCAUGCAGCUCACUGACUUCAUCCUCAAGUUCCCACACAGCGCCCGCCAGAAGUACGUCCGGCAGGCCUGGCAGAAGGCGGACAUCAACACGAAGUGGGCGGCCACGAGGUGGGCCAAGAAGAUCGAAGCCAGAGAAAAGAAAGCCAAGAUGACAGAUUUUGAUCAUUACAAAGUCAUGAAGGCAAAGAAAAUGAGGAACCGAUUAAUCAAGCUUGAAGUUAGGAAGCUUCAAAGGGCAGCUCUCCAGAAAGCUUCUCCCAAAAAAGCACUCGCUGCUAAAGGUGCAGCAGCGGCAGCAGCUGCUGCAAAGGUUCUGGCCAAAAAGGUGACCGCUGCAGGCAAGAAGGCCCCAGCGCAGAAGGCUACCGCUCAGAAAGCCGCAGGCCAGAAGGCAGCGCCUCCAAAAGCUUAAAAGGGUC